CCUCCCUCCGCCCCGCCCGCAGCACGGCGGCGGCGGCGGCGGCGGCAGAGGCAGCGCGGCUCGGAGCGGUGCCCGCAGCCGGCCCGGCCGGGCCGCCCCGCCGCCACCACGGGCGUUUUCCGCGCUCAGAGGUUGUUCCUGCGCAUCCCCCGAGGAGCCGGUGGGACCGAUCCUGUCCCGGGGGAACAUGCACUGAAAAAGGAGCUUGGCCCGACCCCGGCUGAUGGCGCCUUUGGCCUGGACCCUGAUGGACUCCGAGGCAGGACUGCAUUACCAUGGUGAUGAUCUUAACCAAAACUCGGGAAAACAAAGGUGCUGACUCUGUAACAUGCAGGACUGAGCUGCACACUCCAAAGAUGAGUCAAGGACCUACCCUCUUCUCUUGUGGCGUGAUGGAAAAUGACAGAUGGAGAGAUCUCAGCAGGAAAUGUCCACUUCAGCUGGAGCAGCCGGGCGCCAGCAUCUGGGACUGCUUGUCGGACAAGGGCGAGGAGGGCUCGCGCUGGCCCAGGGAGACGGCCAGCACCUGCUCCGUCACCAACCUCAUCAAAGACCUCAGCCUCAGCGACCCCCACGGCAACCCCGCGGCCCCCCCCAGCAAGCGCCAGUGCCGCUCGCUCUCGUUUUCCGAUGAAAUGUCCGGCUGCGGCACCUCGUGGAGACCCUUAGGCUCGAAGGUUUGGACGCCGGUUGAGAAGCGGCGGUGUUACAGCGGGGGGAGCGUGCAACGCUACUCCAACGGCUUCGCCACCAUGCAGAGGAGCUCCAGCUUCAGCCUGCCGUCGCGGUCCAACCCGCUCUCCGGCGACCAUCCCGCCCUCAGCAGCCGGCUGGGAUGCCAGCCCAGGAAAUCGGCCGCUGGCGGGCGCGGAGGAGACCGGGUGGACAUGCAGAGGUCCCUCUCCUGCUCGCACGACCGCUUCUCCUCCUCGGAGUACUGCCCGCCCUCGGCCAGCAGCACCCCCGCCUCCACGCCGGAGCUGGGCCGACGGUCCGGUGGGCUCUCCCGAAGCCGCUCCCAGCCCUGCGUCCUCAACGACAAAAAAGUCGGGGUCAAGCGACGGAGACCGGAGGAGGUCCAGGAGCAACGGCCCUCGCUGGACCUCGCCAAGAUGACGCAGAACCGCCAGACCUUCAACAGCCUCACCUGCCUUAGCGCCGGGCCCGAGGAGGGCUCCCAGCGGCUCCCCGGCCACCAGCCAUGGACCGCGGCACCCGGCUCCCCGGAGGUGAUGCCGGGCAGGACCCCCGCCUGCACCCCGGUACCGGAGCCGCCGCGCUCGCGGGCCCACGAGCGCCAGGCCAGCAGGGACGACCUCUCCUGCGAGGAGGAGGAGGAGGGCGGCGGGAAGGAGGAAGACGGGGCGGCCUGGCGGAGCGGGGGGAUGGGCGCCGAGAGCCUCUUCCAGCUGGACGGCGAGAUCGAUAUCGAGCAGAUAGAAAACAACUGAGGAGGGAGCGGGUCCGCUUGCCCCCGGGGUCGGGGGGUCGCCAGCAGAGCCAUGGAGGGCUCCCCGCCGCCGGGCCCGUGGGGUCCUGCCAUGGCUCCCCUCCUGCCAGCUGGAGGCGGGGCUGGGGGACGAAGCAGCUUUGCCAAAAUUUCAUCAGGUAUUUAGAGCAAUUCGUGCACGCGCGUGUGUAAAUCUUGAAUUUCUUCGUAACUACUGUAGCCCGAGAUCAGCUCGGCGGAGGAAACUGCCUGCCCGCCGGGGGAAGCCAGGCGCAGGGAUGGCCAAAAACCCGCGUUUUGGGAGUAAAUGGCUUCUGCAAACAUGGAGUCGCGGCUGACGGGGCCAGCCACGCUCCCCCGCUCCCCGCCUGCACUUGGUUGUAAGGGGGUGCACAAGGAGAAACCACCAGCCCCGGGGACUGGAAAAAGUGGGGGGAAAAACCAGAAUAUUGGGAUUUGCAAAGCCAGCGCUGGCUGGGGGCUGCGGGGGCGGCUGCGGCUCCUCUGCUCCUGCAGUGUCCCGCGUGGCCCCGCACCCCCCUCGCUCCCCACGUCCCCACGUCAGAAGGAGAUCACAAGUGAAGCAUUUUGCUUAAACUUAAUAAUGGUAAGAGCUGGAUUGCUACUUUUUUUUUUUUUUUAAUUUUCCUUUUCCUGGUGAGGAAUUAAAGGGACCCCCAGCCCGCACGGCUCCAGCGCGGGGCGGCAUCCGCAGCAGACCUCGGCGGGCUCUGCCGGAGGAUGCUCCAAUGCCUUUCUUCCCUGUUUUUUUUUUUUUUCCUUCCCAGUCCCCUCUCUCAAACCCAUCGGGAAAAAGCCCCGAUCAGGCUCGGUGCCACCCUCGCUCGGGUUCCCAACACCCAGUUUUGAGCGGGGCCAGGCCAUUUACCUGUUUACCAGUGGCCGUGCCCUCUUUGCUACCCGAGGCCCGGCCGCCAUCCUCUUUUUUUUCUCUCUGUCUUACUGUGAAGGGGCUGCGCGCCCGGGGCACGCCGCGGGGUUACUUGACAAAAUCAGCUGGCGAAAGGCUGAAAAUCCAGGUAGCAGCACUGAAAACUUUUCCUGUGCCUUUUUUUAAGCACGGAUAAAGUGGUGACCAUGACGUUUGUACAAUAGGAACUCUCUUCCCUAAAAAUAAGCUGUCCACUUGCUAACAGGUUUAGAAGGACGCAUAUAUUAUUUUUUUUCUCCCUCUUUUUUCUUUUUUUUUUUGUUUGUUUUUGGUUUGUGGAAAAACUGUACGAGUGGCUUCCAGCAUCUUCUGCAGGUUCCCUCGAGCUCAGGGUUUACUCCCUGAGCUCUGCAAAAGCGAGAAAGGAAAAAAAGUCAUUGAUACCAACAGCAAUUGAAGAACACGACAGUUUGAACGGGGUUUGCCCCCCCCCCCCCCCGCCCCGUAUUGAGUCCGUAACUCAGAAAGGGCUGAGAGCCGCUGGUACAGGUUUUAUUCAUCAUUUCUGGUUAUGUUAGUGCACUUUUUUCUGCGGUGGUUCGGGAUGCGUGUGGCAUCUCCCAUCACGGUGGAACCCGUCAGCUGUUAUAUAGCUUUAUCCCUGUCCUGGCAGGGGUUUUGCUGGUGGCAGGGCCAGCCCCAAAUAUUUGGGGAAGGGGAACCAACAGGGAUGUCUUUUCAUUUUGGAGAACCUUCCGGCUCUUUUAAAGUGUCGCUUGCUGCAUCGUUGAAAAGAAAAUACAUCCGGGCUUCAUUUUUAGCCCUCCUGUAGCGGAAGGCGCUGCUCAUCUCGGCCCUUUUGGGAGGGUCCAGCGUCGCCGGCGUUGUCCCGGGCUGUGGCCGCCCCUUGGGUCCGUGUCCCCCCAGCCACAGCACGGCUCUCAGCUUUGAGUCUUCCUGAUGCUCGAUACCCCCUACCGCCAACGGCUCCCCGGUCCCGGGGCACACAGCUCCUGCUGGCCACGGGCACCUCCUCAGCUGCCGGCUACCCGCUCACCGAAAAAGGGCAAAUUCACCCAAAUCCAUGUCCGGCUGCUGCCACAGAGCUCUGGGUGGGCUCUGGCAUGGGCAUCACCGGGGCUGUAAUUCCUAAGGGCUUCUCUUUUCCUUCCAAGGGCUGCUACCGGUGCCAUGCUCACCCCCCCGGUAGGAAGGUGACCAGUGGACCACUUGCCCAGCUGUACUGGCCGUAGCCGUAGCAUUCAGUUUACAUACAGCACAACCCGUUUGCCUUACUAAAGACGCUUCUCCAAUGAGUCAUGGCCUUACGCUGGGCGCGUUAGCGUAGGCACAGACUACAGUUAGCCACGGUUUUGAGGCCACGGUGGGGUUCUGUUGGGUGUCUGGUUGUUGGGUUUGUAUGAUUUCAUGUACUUAUCCUCAGUUUAAGAAAGCCUUACUUUUUAAAGUUUUUUUUUGUCCUCUCUCUCUCUCUCUCUGUAGAGGUAAAAACAGUUGUGGAUUUAUAUAUAUAUAAAUAUAUAUAUAAAUAAAAGAAUUAAAAAUAUUAAAUAUAAUAUAGUAUGUGCCUCAGAUUCAGGGGACAUCCUGUUGAUUGUAAAGGCAGAAGUGGCGUUGGUCCCCGUACCCUGUGCCCGCAGCGGGAGAGCAGGGCAUCCCCCCCGGGGGGGUCUCGCUCUUGGUUUGUAAAGGACUUCACCUGUGACACAGACGCUUUGGUGACCCCCCCCACCCCCGGCAAAUCCCUGCCGGCUGCCAGAAUGUGAUAUUAAAGUAAUAUGCAGACAAGGGAUGUUUUUCCUUGCGAGGUAGCUAAAACAGGCUCAUUAUUGUGAAGAGACUCGGUGGCUCGUGCGGGGCAUGACCCAGUCGGGUCAGCAGCCGUUUCGGGAUGACGGCGAGCUGCGUCAGCAGCAACAAGGGUUCAUCAUCCUGAAAAAAAAAAAAGAAAAGGAUUUUAAUAGGAAAAGUCUUAGCACGCACGUGGGGAAGUUUGCUCUGUGUGUGCAGGUGCAGCUCUUCGAGCCUGGUCUAUGAAAGAUUGCAUUAAAAAAAAAGAAAAAAGACAAAAAGAAGCAUUUGUAAAAUAGAUUGUAAUUUUUCCACGUGAUAGCGUAGCCUCUUUGGCUGAUAAAGUUGUGUUUCAAGUGCAUUGUUUAAAAGCUCCUGGCUGAACAGGCUGACAGACGUACGUAGGAUGUCAGAGGAUUGUCGCGGUGCUUUACAGCGUUCGUGGGUCUGAUGGGCGAGAAAGAAGAGGAUGGCCAAAAAGAAAAAGAAUUUAAAAAACCAACAAAAAAGAAGAAGAAGAAAAAAUAAAAAGCCUUCUGAAGCUAUGACCUGUAGUAGCCAAGUCUCGCUGGCAAUUGCACAAUGGCAGCGGGACGCGCGUGUCCCCGGGGAGGGGCUGCCCGAGGUGCCCCCGCCGGUGCAGGCUGCCCGCCCCUACCCCCUCCAUGACUUGAUUGCACUAGAGCAGCUCAGUCUCAGGAAAUUGCUUGUUACUUUUACUGUGUAAAUAAAGCUUCCUGGUUCAAUAACCAGCCCCCGCCCCGGGCUCGGCGUCUCGCCUCUCUCUGCUGUCCCCGUGGCCGGGGUCGGGGACGUUGGGGACAUGGCUGCCCCUCGGGGGGGUGUUAACAGCCGGGUGGUGGCACGGGUUGGGGUUUGAUGGGGCAGAGCUGGGCGUGGGUGCAGGAGCCCCACAUCCCUCUCCCUGAGGCAUCUCCUCUCCUUGGCAUCUCCAUGGGUGCUGGGGGGCGGGUGGGUGGAAUUGGGUCCCAAAAAAUGGGUGUGGGUUGGGAAAGCCCCCGGCUGGGACCCUCCAUCGGGGUGUCUGUGUUAGAAAUAGCGAGGGUGUCCAGGUGUCCCAGCCUUGGGUUACACCAGAAAAAUGGGCAUUUUGUGACAUUCACGUGCAGGCAGACAUCAUGCGUCCCCCCCAAAAGUGGGGGGACAUCUCCCAUGGCCCCCCCCAGCCUGAUACUGGCUGUUUCUUAGCUGUCUUUAGCUGUUAUUCAGCUGUAAUGCAGCCCAAAAGGGUACCAGCAAAACGCAAAUCAACAUUUGCAAAUUAAGGCCAGGCUGGACGGGGCUUGGAGCAACGUGGGCUGGUGGGAGGUGUCCCUGCCCAGGGCAGGGGGGUGGAACCGGAUGGUCUUUAAGGUCCCUUCCAACCCAAACCAUUCUGUGAUUCUCUGAUUUAAGUGCCUUAUGCUUUGUGUUAAGGACAGAGAGAAUGUCCCACCCCUUAAAAUAAAAUCUAAACCCAAGGAAGGCAAGAGCCCAGGGCAGGGCACGGCCACACGGGGCUGUUAAAUAAAUUCUUGGGGAAACGGGGCAAUAUCUCCCUACAGCCUUUCUACACCAGAAAGGGAAACGGCCGCGUUUCCUCGAGUGAGCAAACAGUUUAAAAAGUUUCAUGACAGAUGGCAGGAUGUUUAUCUGCCUGAACUUAAUCAGAUUGAAGUGAUAGGCUUAGUACACCAGAGCAAAAAGGAAGACUUAUAGGAUGAAAAAGAAAUUCUCAGUGAUGUGUCACAGCCUCAACGUUCGACCAGGGUUUGUGGCAUCCUUCGCGUGCGCGCGGAUGCACGCAGCGCCGUACACUUUGGCUGAACCGCUACCCAGAGGAUACAAAGAUACAAAAACAGACCCAAAAAAAUUGCACUAAGGUCAUUUUCCCAGAUGUGGUUUAUUUUAUUAUAAUUUAAUUCCUAGCCCACUUUCCCCCGCUGUCCCCAAGGGGUGUCGUGCAGCUCAGUGGCCAGCUGGGAGCUCUGAAAAACACGGGUUUCCAGCACUCGCAGGGGGCUACGGGAACACGGAGCGUCACUUCGGUGUCCUCCAGUGACCAGGGUCGUCUUCAGCUGUUGGGACUGCUGGAAACAUGGCGGGAAUUGUCAUUUACCUCCCGCUUGCAAAUGCAAAAACCAGUAAUUGAAUGCAGACUGGCCAGAACACGCCGCCUGAUCAUAUGUAUAUAUAAAUAUAUAUGACACGUACAUAAUUGCAUACCCUUCCAUGGUCCCAUGGGAGGUCUGCAGCAGGUUAAAGCCCAAAUAGUUUUAUUCCACUCCAGUCUAAUGCGCAAAGUCUUGCCCAAAACCCCAAGGGGGUGCAGAGCUGCUGACACUGAUUAAAAGGGGACUUUUGCCUAUAAAAGGGUGUCCCUUGUGAAGGUGACCCUUGCCAAGGUGACUCUUGCAAACGCUGGCAAGCGCCGGUGAAGGUGGGCAGCCCCUGCUUCCCUGGGGCAGAGGACGUGAUGGAGUGACCCCCAAUCUCUAAUUCUGCUCCCUGGUUUGAGCCCCUGGCCCUGCCACGCUCUUGCCACGUGCAGCGUGGCCGGAUGUCACCACGCUGCCAUAGCUGCGCUGCAAAACUGUCGGGUGAGAGGAACUUAAAAACCCCGGGAACGCGCGGGAGUACUGCAAUGCCCGGCGGCAGGGAGCAGCUCAGCCUGAUUUUACAAAAAAGGACAAAUCUUAGGCCCAUCCCUGCUCAAUGGAGCAUCGCUUUCCAGCCCCGCACGUGCUGAGCGCUCCCUGGCAGC